AUGAAUUACGCUAACAAGGAAUCGUCCUCAAAGGACACAGAAUAUAUUCGUGACUUGGAAUCAUUUGAUGAUCUCAAGGUGGAAGGUGAGGUCAAGAGAAACUUGAAGGCCAGACAUAUCUCCAUGAUUGCUCUUGGAGGUACCAUUGGUACUGGUCUUUUCAUUUCCACCAAGAAUGUUAUCAGUGCCGGCCCAGUGUUGGCUCUCUUUGCAUACUUGUUCAUCGCCACCUUGGCGUGGUCCGUGACCCAGAGUUUGGGAGAGAUGGCCACUUACAUUCCAGUGUCUGGCUCGUUCACCCAAUUUUCUGCUCGUUUUUGCUCUCCAGCUUUGGGUGUGGCCAAUGGAUGGAACUACUGGUUCUCUUGGUGUAUUACUUUUGCAUUGGAAAUCUCCGUCGUUGGUCAGGUAAUUCAGUACUGGACUCAUGCUGUUCCUUUGGCUGCCUGGAUCUCCAUUUUCUUCGUUAUUAUUACCUGUAGCAACAUGUUCCCAGUCAAGGUUUACGGAGAGGUUGAGUUCUGGAUUGCAUCCAUCAAGGUCAUAGCCGUGGUUGGUUGGUUGAUCUACGCCCUCUGUAUGGUCUGUGGUGCUGGUAAGACUGGCCCAGUGGGUUUCAGAUACUGGAGACACCCAGGUGCUUGGGGUGCUGGUGCUGACCUCGUCAGCAACUUGAACACUGACAGAUUCUUGGCCUGGUUGUCUUCUUUGAUCUCCGCUUUGUUCACUUUCCAGGGUGUUGAGUUGGUUGGUAUCUCAUGUGGUGAGACCGCCAAUCCAAGAAAGACGGUUCCUGCUGCCAUCAGAAAGGUUAUCUGGCGUAUUAUGAUUUUCUACGUGGGAUGUAUCUUCUUUAUGGGUUUGUUGAUUCCAUACAACGACGAAAAGUUGAAUGACCAGAACUCGUUCGCCGCUUCUUCUCCUUUCAUUGUUGCAAUGAAGAAUUCCGGCACCAAGAUCUUGCCGGACAUUUUUAACGCUGUUAUUUUGAUGGCCAUCAUCUCUGCUGCCAACUCUAACGUCUACUCCGGUUCCAGAAUUUUGUACGGUUUGGGCCAAGCUGGUGCUGCACCAAAGGUUUUCACCAGGACCACCAAGCAUGGUAUUCCAUAUGUCGCUGUGUUCAGUACUGCUAUCUUCGGCGCCUUGGGUUACCUUGUGUUGUCUAACAACGGUAACACCGUUUUCAACUGGUUGUUGAAUAUCACUGCUGUUGCAGGUUUGAUCGCCUGGGUUAAUAUUUCUUACUCUCACAUCAGAUUCAUGAGAAUCUUGAAGUCCAGAAACAUCUCUAGAGACUCUUUGCCAUUCCAGGCUUGGGGACUGCCAUUUAUUGCAUACUAUGGUUUCAUCCUCUGUUUCAUUCUUGUUUUCGUCCAAGGUUACAGUGUGUUCUUUGCCUUCAAUGUGUCUGACUUCUUUGUCUACUAUGUUUCGGUCAUUUUGUUUGCCGUCACCUGGUUGAUCGCUCAUAUUUACUUCAACGGUAGGAACUCUUGGAGGUUGAGCACUCUUUUGCUCCCAUUGGAUGAGUGUGAUAUCGACACUGGUGUCAGAGAUGUCGACGAAAUGGUUUGGGAUGACACUCCUCCAAAGAACUUGUGGGAGAAAUUCUGGGCCUUCAUGUCGUAA